AUGGCCUACUAUACCUACCUCUCCUUGAAGAGACCGGGUGAUGGAAACGACGACGACUUUAAUUGGAUUGUUACCUCCACCGAUCGAAACACUGCCGAUACACUCUUCCGUAUCCUGUUGGAGAACAAGCAGAUCAAACUAGGCAGCGCGAAAACGAAGGUUAUCAACAUCUACGAACUCAACAGGCAGUCUUCCAGGCUUUGGACAAUCAACUGCGACGAUGGAGACGUUGGAGCCACACUGCAUUUUGCUCUUUCAGGCAAAAACGAUCCCGGCAACACUGCCGAAGGCACUGUCCUCAAAGAUUUGAUUGGCAAAAUCAAAAUCUACUGGAUGGGCGGCCGCGCAGGGCUUCAGUGGAGGGUAAUCGCUCAGCAGACUGCUGUCAACGUGGACGAUGACUGGUUGUCUGGGUACAGUUUCUUCAUACGGCGACGGGGCUAUCCGAACUCCUACUGGUAUCAGGACCAAAACGGGACAUGGCUUUCUGACCACAAGCGGACUCGGUUUGUUGUCACUAUUAUAGAGGCCAGAGUCAUGUCUGCGACGAUUCCUCUCAUCGCCAGCGACAAGAUAGUCAUUAGUACGCUUGGUCCCGGUGGUGAAUUGCAGCCGAUCAGGAUCCACAAGAGCGGUUCUGGGACAGUUCAAACCUUUUUGUUUGGCGACCUCUUGACAAGCUUCAAUGUUGACAACAACGACAGAAAAAUCGUCUUUUCGGAACCAGGUCGCGGGGAUAGCUUUGAGCUCUGUGAGGGAAUCGCUUAUAAUCCCUAA